AUGGUGGACUUUUCCUAUCGAAACAACUAUAUUCCUAUGGUCAUGGAAAAAGGCCAGGUAUGGCUCAACUCGCCGCCAACCGACCCCAGGAAAAGAGCCCAGACGACCGGUAUUGCAUCGCUUGACGAACCAUUGGCCACCAUGUUUGUCUUUUACUGGACCGUUAUUGAUGGGAGCUGCCCUGGGUUGAGUGUGAUGUUUACAAAUUAUUUUGGGACGAUCAUAUUGUCUCUCAUGUUGGGCACUUUGGAAUCAUUGAGGAAGGGAAAUAGAACGUCAGGAUGCCCGACCCUCUGGGGUAUGCUCGGUAUCAUGGUGACCCUGGCUGUCUCGAUACCGUGGUACCUGACGGUCCACCUCCUCAUCUCCCCUACAGCCUCACAGCCUACAAUAGACAAUUUGUCUGUCCCAGUACAUGAACUCAAAGCUUUGAUCGUGAACCUUAUAUUUGGCCUCAUGCUGCCCUGUCUUCUAGUGGCCUUGCCUGAGCGCAUAACCUGGAAUCUCUUCACUCGGCAGUCCGCAAUUGCAUUAUGGCAGCUCUGGCCCUUCUGGAGCACGGCAGUGCAUUAUAUCGCGAAGAUAUUCAUCUCAACCAAGGAGGACGACGCGAAUCCUAGAGCCCGCUGGGAACGAACUCGGGCCACCUUCCGCGCCGUUUACGGGCUCACAUUUGCAGUUGCUGCCAUUACGCACCUUGCUACAUGGGCUAUCUCCCUGUCAAUUGCUUUUGGGUUCCGAAAUUCAAUGGAUGCGGAUAUAGUCGCCGACGUUCACCCGUGGAAUGUAUUUGUCAAUACGAAGCCUUGGUCUUCUAUCCAGACAGACUCCGUGGGCCAGGGAACUCUCUGGUUGAUUCAGUGGGAUCAGCUAAUUGCGGCAGGGGCGAUGUGGUGGUGGGCGCUUGAUUUGUAUCGAUCUGCCCAUGCGACUCAGGGGAGGAGAAUUGAUUGGCAUAGCUUUGCUGUCAAAACACUGGCUUUCUGCUUUGUUUCCGGCUUCACUGGGGCUACCGUGGAGUUGCUUUGGGAGAGGGAAGAGAUGAUUCUGGAGGCUGGGCAGGUCACCGUGAAGCGCAAGUGA